AUGCUUGUCUGUGCCUUAAAGCGGCAAUCGGAGGUUGAAACAAGAAACAUACUCCCCUAGUCCUGCCACCUUUUUCGGGAAAAAGGCUGAGAAAUGGGUCUGGAGAAAUGUUAGCUCUCAAUCUCAAAUUAAUCAGCAGAGCUAUGGACACAAUGACUGAGCCAUCCAUGGCAUCGACAUGAUCGUUUUAACCACGUUGAGGCUAUAUAUUGUUUUCAAACAUUUGAGUAAUGGUUCAGGAUGGGGUGCGACAGUUGAACUAAGCUCAUGAGACAUUUAUAAGUGAAAUUCUUCAAUAAUUGAUGGGUAAAUGUAAUUAAUUUAUGUCCAAAAAUGUAUGUAGUAACUGCAGAUUGCCCCUUUUUAACGUUAGAGAACCCUGUAAAAGGAAGACUAGAAAGAAGUUAGGGCUAUGUUAUUUGUGCAGUCAGCGCAGAGCUGCAGACAUUCCAAAUAUUUUGAGUGUUGAUGGUGUGAAUGUGAUCAUAGAAAUGUAGUACUUUAGGAUGUAGAACGUACUGUUCAGUCCUGACUGCAUUAACAUUCUAUUUUGCGGAUUGUUUUCUUAGUAUGUGAAUAUGUCAUUUGCAUCCUUUCGGAUUGUAGAAUGAGGCCAUUUUCUGGAGUACAAUAACCCCAAUAAACAACUCUCAUCAUUCCCGGGGCCCAGUGCUGUCAACACCGGUGUAAAUGAUUACCCUGAGGACUGAACAAAGAGACAGCAAUGGCACAGAGAGAGAAAAGUCUUGAGCAGAAGCAACAAACAGACUGAAGUGUCUGUUUAGUGUUGUCAGUGCAGCUUGCCAGUUGCAAGGCCUGUGCUGCACACAAAUAUGCUAAGCCUUGUUUCAGGGACAGACAGGGCAAGGCUUUUGACCCUGGCAGAGCAGAGGAGACCAUUUCUUUGCUGGGCAGAUUUGGAGGUUGCCAUAGAGACUGCCCUCACUGCCUUAAAGAGCUUAAUUGUUGUGUUUUAAAACGGAGAAUUAAGGGGUUAAUCUGAGAUUGAGGAAAAACAAGCUUUCUGAUGGUGAUGAUCAGGUUUAGAGAUUGAUUGCAUGUUCACAUUUUGUUCAUACUGGUUUGUUCCAAUAUGUCACUCUGAACUCUACCUUUUGGAAAUUCAUGUGUAGUUGGUAGGUAGUCAACAACAGCCUGUCGAUUUGGCAGGAAAUCACCCCUAAUCUUUUCCAGUUCCACGCAGCUUUUCUAUGACUGGCAUGCUGCCAUAUGCUGAUCAAUGAUCUCCGUAAUACUGGGUGACUUCAUGGUCACCUGUUGGCAUUAUUAGAUUUCUGUCAUUCUAUCUGCACAGGUUGUAAAGAGGGAUUACAUACUCUGCAUAUUGACAACCGAGGGGGCAGUUGUAGGCCAAACAGCUGGCCACAGUGAAGGUCCCAGCAUUAUAAUUGAUGAUUAGGCCAUACAAAUGUAAUUAAAAGUUGGAACGAAUGCCUCUCUUCACUUUUCUGGAAAUUGCACAAUUAAAGGGAAAAAUGAUGUCCCCAAGCCUCCAGUGAAGAGGGAAACAACUUCCCCCUCAAGUUAUGGCUGAACCUUGCCUAAUUUAGCCUCCCAAAAGGCAAAAAUAUUUGGUCGCUAGAUGUUGAACUAAGGUUGCUAUAGUAUGUUAACAAGAUAGUCUACUUCGGUUUUGUUGUUCACUCGCCUCACUCAAAAAAAAGAAAAUCUGUAAAACAUUGAACAAAAUGUGUAUGGCCUUAGUGUACUGGAGAGCCUAACCAAUGUUUCCCCCUUAUCAGUGUAACUAAUACUCACUUUCAUGAAAUUGAUGCUGGCUGGCUGUCCACUUGUUCCCCUCUUAGGAAAUUCAUCCUUGGGCUUUUGGUGUCUUAUAAGGUUACUGGUUUUGCAUACCCAAGGUCUUUCAAUAGAAGGCUCGGCAACAGAACUGUAUUUCUAAUGAAUUAUUAACAUUCUAAGUUUUGUGAGAGUGGACACACUCAUUACCUGAUAGCCCUGUCCCAUUUUCUGGACAUGCAUCCUUUGGUUCCAUUGGAAACAGCACUCACCUGGUUUUAAUUACUUUAUUGCCUUGUCUUCGGUCUGUGGAGAAGAAGACUGCGCUGAGCAGAUGUCUCUCUAGGUCCUGGAGAGCUGGUUGUUUAAGCAUUUAAAGGGAUACUUCAGGAUUUUGGCAACGAGGCCUUUUAUCUACACCAGAGUCGGAUAAACUCGUUGAUACCAUCUUUAUGUCUCUGUGUCCAGUAUGAAGGAAGAUGGCAGUAGUUUCGCAAGCUAAUGCAGUUAGCAAUUUCGCUUGUUUACAUCUUCCUUCAAACUCCACGCAGAGACAUAAAAAAUGGUAUCAACGAGUUCAUCUGACUCUGGGGAAAUAAAGGGCCUCAUUGCCAAAAUCCUGAAGUAUCCCUUUAAUUGAGAGAUAAGAUGAGGUUCUAAAGUCUUCUUUUUUAAGGAGAGUAGAAUUCCAGUGUCACCACUCAACCGUGGGUUGUAUUUCUCAAAGAGUGACGUCGAUGACAUCAUCUGCAAUAUGGAUGACUGUACAUUCCAAGUUCUUCUUUCCGGUCGUAGUAGUUUUUCCACCUGCUUCUGUGUUGUGUGUCUCUGGAAGACUGGGCCAUGCGCAGCUGGAGGUGGCAGUUCUCCAGGAUGAUGAGCCUUUGCCUGCGCUGGUGCCGGCUGUGUCCUAAGCGAGGGGUGCGCCCCAGCAAGCCCCGGAGGAAGCUAGGAGAGCUGUGGAGCUACUGGAAGCUGCUGCUCAACUCCCUAUACUUCAACAGCCUCACCAACUCUGACACCUACCUGGACUGUGUCUUUGAACCCAUCUACUGGAUUGUGGACAAUGUGACUCGCUGGUUUGGGGUGGUAUUUGUGUGCCUGGUGAUUGCCCUCACCAGCUCUGUGGUGGUCGUUGUCUACCUGUGCCUGUUGCCUGUUAUCCUCAACACCUACCCACUGCUGUGGAUCAUCUGGCACCUCACCUAUGGCCACUGGGUCCUCAUGAUGGUCCUUUUCCACUACUACAAGGCCACCACCACCUCCCCUGGACACCCACCACAGGUUAAAAGUGAUACACCGUCAGUGACCAUCUGUAAGAAAUGCAUCGUCCCCAAACCAGCCAGGACUCACCACUGCAGCAUCUGCAAUACGUGUAUUCUGAAGAUGGAUCACCACUGUCCUUGGCUCAACAACUGUGUGGGUCACUUCAACCACCGCUACUUCUUCUCCUUCUGCCUGUACAUGACCAUGGGCUGCAUGUACUGCAGCGUCAGCUGCAAAGACAUGUUCAUAGAGGCUUACAACGCUGUCGAGAGCUACUAUCAGACCCCACCAGCAAUGUUUUCCUUCAGGGAAAAGAUGGUCCACAAUGGUGUCAUUUUCAUUUGGGUGCUGACAAGUUCGGUGGCAGUUGCUCUGGGAGGUCUGACCCUGUGGCAUGCUAUCCUCAUCACUCGAGGAGAGACCAGUGUGGAGAGACACAUCAACAAGAAAGAAAUCAGACGUUUAAAGGAGAAAGGAAAGGUGUUCCGAAAUCCAUACCACUAUGGGAAAAUAAACAAUUGGAAAGUUUUGUUUGGUGUGGAGGAGACAAGUCACUGGUUGACCAGAGUCCUCCUGCCGUCUAGCCACGUUCCCCAUGAAGAUGGACUGAUAUGGGAAUGCCCUCGGGCUCUCAUCAGAAGAGACCCUAUGACCAUCUAACCUCCCACUACUCGCUGCUGGACAGUUUCUCAUCUCCACUUUAUGGGCCAUAAUCACUGCUAUAGCCCUGGCCCCUGGAUAGUGGGGUAGACAGAAGACUUAUUUUAGCCUCUGAGGAGUGGACUAUUUGGUGUUUAUUGUGGCCCAUGAGUCCAGGGACCUUAAUCGGACCUCCAGUCACUGUCAUGUGAAGUGAACUGAUGGUCCUGUCUUUAAUAGUCUACUUGUCUUGUGGACUGUGUUUUUGUACUGUUAGGUAUGUUGUCCAAAGUUGAUGUGAAGUGUGUGCUUUUUAAUUGUAUUGAAGUCACAGAAGAAGCAGUUUGGACUUUUUCAGUGCCAAAGAACAGCUUUCCACCAAAGGCUAGGUUCGAGCUAGAUAACCACAUGCCUUGGCCAUUGUCCAACUAUGGGUGAGUAGUCUGGAGACUGACAGAAUUACAUAAACAAUAUUACCAUUCAGGCUACAGUUAGAUUAUGGUGCUCAUGUUACUGAGCAGUACCCCUGUCAAUAUUAGGAAUUGUCAAAACAUUGCUAUGUGCCUUGUUAUGUUAAAUCUUUAACCUGUUUUCUAUUUGUUAAUUACCAGGCACUAAUGUAUUUUCUACUAUUAUCCAACCUCUCCCACAUUGAUUUCCCCACUAAAAAGCGGCGUGUACACUACACGAUUUUGGUCCCGAUAGCUGUCCCGGUCACGUUUUUGAGAUCGGUAUUUUCAAACAUGGGUAUUACUAUAUCGGCACAAAACCAGCAAUGAUCGUGUAGUGUGAGAUGUGCAACAAGUUUCGAGAAUGGUGAUAAGCAAUAGCCAAUGAGAGCUCGCCAGUGAGAUGACGUUUCGCAUCACACAGAAUGUGUAGGUGCUCGAUCCGUGAAUACUAUUAGUACGGGUUUGUACUUCCCUUUAACCAACGCGUCAAGUCGUUACAGCUCUGAAGUUCACAAGCAAUGUUAUUAAAUUCAAAAUGUUGGCUAGAUAUUUCAACUCUGUAUGGCAAGCGCGAAAGUCUUAAAUAAUAGAGCCGCACACUCUAGGAGCUCAGAUGCAAAACUAUUUAUGUCCAACGUUUCGACAGACAAGCUGUUUUCAUCAGGGUAUAAUGACAAACAAUGCGAGGUGACUCAUUUAUACAGUGUCAAGACAGGUCUAUAAUUAUGGACAAAUACAAUUUGGCUACAGCGUGAAAGUGACUGAAAACGUUUGAGGCUGUUGAGACAGCUCGUUGUAGCUACAUUCAAUCUAAUAACAUUAUUUUUGCGUGGUAUCUAGAAUCCUCACAAACAAGUUAAUUAUCUUAUAGUGUUUGACCCCCGUCUGUGCCACAUCGUUUAGUGCGCACCACUACGUUGGCAAGACAACUACAGGAAAGCGGUUAUUUAACCUCUACGGAAUCAGUGUCCUCCCCCCGGGGGAUGGUUGCGCUAACGUGAUGAGCAGAAAGCUUAAAUUCUUGUUAAUCUAACUGCAAUGUCCAAUUUACAGUAGCUACUAGUGAAAGAAUACCAUGCUAUUGUUGAGUGCACAGCUAGGUACUUGAAAAUGUAUCAAACCAAUUAAGCACAUUGGAUCAGUCCAAAACUUUGCAGAUUGCCAUCUAGUGGCAAAUCUAAAUUGCACCUAAACUGGAAUAAUACAUUGGUCUUUCUCUUGCAUUUCAAAGAAUACAAAAAAGUUUAAAAAAAAUAAUAUUUGACCAGAUCUGUGUUAUUCUCCUACAUUAUUUUCAAAGGAAUCAAUAAUAUGCAUAUCCUUGCUUCAGGUCCUGAGGUACAGGCAGUUAGAUUUUGGUAUGUAAUUUUAGGUGAAAAUUUAAUUCGAAAAAAAUGGGUCAGAUCCUUGUUAAUUUGAGAGGCUCAGCGACGUUAAUUCUGAAAGUUGUGUAGUGUACACCCGGCUUAACCAACAUUAAGAUCACUUAACAUGGUCAUACGCUCUGGAAGCUGCGGACUUCCUCCUUGCUGGUCUCGAAUAUGGCCACCAGUUAGAAUUCCUGGGAUAUUUCUUGUGGUUGGCUGCUGUGACACGACCAAUAGAAACUGUUUCACUAUAUUGCGCACAUCUGUAUCAUUACGAUUGAUAUUAGCUUGUAUUGUUUUAAUAUUUGAUAAAGGAUUGUUUUUGGAAACUUCA